AAGUGUUUCGAGACAUGACAGGAUCUCGUAAUUAAAAAAAGAAGGACCUGAAGUCAGGUUUCAGGCACUUGGACGGUCUAUACUCUUGUGACUUUUUUUUUAUAGUUGUUCAACUUUGAGUUUUGAGGUUGAUACAAAGCUUCCUUUUUUUAACAAACACAAUAGAAAAAAUGAACGGGAAGAAGGUAGCAAUACACGCCUUUUUGUGUCUAUUGUUAACAAUGGAGCUAGAGUAUAGUCUGUCCCAUUUUUGUACUUUUUAGAACCAAUGCAGAAUUAAAGAGCUGUCUUUUAGUUUUGUAUGCGCUGGCAAGCCUAAAUGCGGACUUUAAACACAACUGUACGUCAUCUAGCCUUUUUUUUUUUAAUUUUAUUUGUCUUUCUUAAUCAUAUAGUCAUAAAAUACUGUCAUGCCAAAGAUUAGAACACAAAGAACGAAGCGACCACCUGAAGGCUUUGAUGAAAUUGAGCCUACAUUAGAAGAAUUCGCCAGAAAAAUGAGAGAAGUCGAAAAUGAAUCACAUGAGGGAAAGCGUAUAGUUGAGUCAACAUGGCCAGUAUUUCGUAUUCACCAUCAGCGUUCACGAUAUAUAUAUGAUCUUUAUUACAAAAGAAAGAUUAUCUCACGAGAUCUAUAUGAUUACUUAAUAAAAAACAAGUAUGCAGAUGCUAAUCUUAUAGCCAAAUGGAAAAAGCCGGGAUUCGAAAAGCUAUGCUGCCUUCGAUGCAUUCAACCUAGAGAUACAAACUUUGGAACAACGUGUAUUUGUAGAGUACCCAAGGAAAAGUUGGAAGAAGGUAAAAUGGUAGAAUGCGUUCACUGUGGCUGCAGAGGAUGUGCAAGUGGAGAUUAAGUUAAUAAAAAGGGUGUUUGCAUUUACACAAACAAAAAGGAUCUACGGAUGCAUGACAUUGAUGUAAGAAGCAAAAAA